UCUCCUCACUCUCCCUCCUCGUCGCUCGCUCCGGGCGUGCAUUGCAUCUCUCCUCGUAUAUUCCCGUCCCAAUCUCCAACUCCCUCCUCAAAUCCCGACCCGCUCCGACACAAAUCCGCGCUUCUAAUCCCGAUUCCGCCGCCAAAAUCCAACCUUGCGCCGUUCUCGUCCCCCCCCAAUUCGUGGAUCACUGGGCCGGCCGGUUCGGGCGCGGAGAUCGAGUCUCCCGUGGCGCUCUUGUUGUAGCCGAGCUGGGAUUUUCGGUGGCAAUUGGGGGCGUGGAGCACGAUCUUUCUGUGGGAGUUUGGAUUUCCGGUCGGAGGUUGUUGGUAGUGUGGUCGCCGGGAGCCUUUUUUUUUGCCGGAAGGCAUCGGUUUCUUCGCCGGAGGGGCGGGCUGUUUGACCGACCGCCGGUACGGUGAUGGUGGCGAGGAUGAUGCGGUGGCCUCGGCCCCCGCCGGCGCGAAACUUCCGCGUCCGCCUGGUGGUGCGGCGGGCGGAAGGGCUGCCUCCGCCGCCUUCGCCCCUCUCGCCUGAGGGGUCUCCCGAGGCCGAGGCGAAGGUGUUUGUAGAGGUGAGCUGGAAGGGCCCCAAGAUGUCGCCGCUCACCUCGCUGCGGCGGUCCCAGCGGCCGCCCAGGAACCAGACGCGGAAGGAGGCGCUGCCGGCCGUCGCCACGGCCGACCUCGAGGAUGGCGCCGCCGCCGCUCCUGCUCCGGCGGCGGUGUCGGCGGUGGCCUGGGAGGAGGAGUUCGAGAGGGAUGCGGCGCUCACGGCGACGUCGCACCGUGACCCCGCUGUGUUCCAUCCCUGGGACGUCGCCUUCUCCGUUGUCAGCGAAUCAAAUAAAAUGUCAAAGAGCAAACUUGUUCUGGGGACUGCUUCACUGAACCUAGCAGAUUAUGCAUCUGCCGCUGAAGAGGAAAUCGAGAUAAUCCUACCAUUGUCUGUGCCUAGUAGUGCAAUGGACCUGGCCCCAUCACUCCAUCUUACUUUAAGCCUGGUGGAACUAAGGAUAUCUCAACAAUCGCCUGGUGCUUCACAGCGUUCUGUUAUUGCCCCAUUGUCACCUUCCUCUGGUGACUCUGUUCCUUCUGGAAAAGAUGAGGUUUCUGUCAUUAAGGUGGGGCUGAGAAAUCUGAAAAUCCUAAGAGAUCUAGUAUCUACACGGAGGUUCAAAAAGACUAACCAAGAUUAUGACGGCAGUGAGGAGAAGUAUUAUGUUCACAGUGAUGGUGCAGAAUUUUCUUGUGAUACUGACUCUCUUGAUGAUGACCUGGAUGAUAGAGAGCAGGAUGAUGAGUUUGGGGGUUCAGCAGUCAGGAAGUCCUUCAGCUAUGGCUCACUGCAGACUAUGAAUGUCGGUGCCCUACUUUAUGCACCUAGGAUUGAUGGAGAUGACGAGGGUUGGGUACAUUACAGCCACCGAAAUUCUGAUGUCAGUUAUCAUGUUGAGCAAGUGCCAUCCUCCACAGCUGAGGAGCAUGCUUCCAUCCCAUUGCGGCGGAAGAGGAGCCUACUUCCAGCUCGAUGGAGAAAGACAAAAUUACCAAAGGCUAAAGGGGAGCCUCUUUUGAAGCCAUAUGGAGAAGAGGGUGGUGAUGAUAUUGACUAUGAUCGGCGGCUGUUGACCCCUUCUGAUGGAUCUGUUUCAGAGGGAUCAAAUGGCUCUGGUAAUAGUAUGGUGUCGGUAUUUGGUGAUGAUGAUUUUGUUGUGGGGAACUGGGAGUCGAAGGAAGUAUUUAGCCGAGAUGGCCACCUGAAGCUUUCUACACAGGUGUUCUUUGCAUCAAUAGACCAGAGAAGUGAACGGGCUGCAGGGGAGAGUGCUUGCACAGCACUGGUGGCUGUUGUUGCAGACUGGUUCCAAGCAAACCAAGACCUGAUGCCAAUCAGGUCACAGUUUGACAACCUGAUCCGAGAAGGCUCUUUAGAAUGGAGGAAACUUUGUGAGAAUGAGACCUACAGAGAACGCUUUCCUGAUAAGCACUUUGAUCUUGAAACCGUCCUUCAUGCAAAGAUCCGCCCACUCACAGUUGCACCCAGCAAGUCGUUCAUUGGGUUCUUCCAUCCUGAAGGUACUGAGGAUGUAUCUGGAUUUGACUUCCUUGAUGGCGCAAUGUCAUUCGAUAACAUCUGGGAUGAGAUAAGCCGAGCAGCAGAGUGCUCCUCUGGAAAACCUACCAUAUACAUUGUCAGUUGGAAUGACCACUUUUUUGUCCUCAAGGUUGAUGUUGAUGCUUAUUACAUCAUUGAUACACUUGGUGAGAGGCUGUCUGAAGGUUGCAAUCAGGCAUACAUAUUGAAGUUUGAUGACACCACCACCAUUCACAAAGUGCCUGCUGAAAAGAAGGAAUCAAAUCCUGAUACCGAUGGACGCCACAACAAGGAUUCCUCAGAGAUCUGCUCAGCUGAGCAGGACAGUGGAACGGACACUGAAGAGUGUGAGCUUGUGUUGAAGGGUAAGGAUGCAUGCAAGGAGUACAUCAAGAGCUUCUUGGCCGCUAUCCCAAUCCGGGAGCUGCAGGCUGACAUCAAGAAAGGUCUCAUGGCAUCAACUCCCCUGCACCACCGCCUCCAGAUCGAGUUCCAUUACACGGAAUCUUGCCCUGCCGAGAUCAGCGUGCCUGCUCCACUGUCCCCAUUCGAAGCCCCUUUUGAGUUCUGUUGGCCUGAGCCACCAUCACCCCCACCUGCCACUGAAUUCGCUGUAACCUAUCCUCCUGCCAUGGAGGUCGCCAUAACCCAGGCCGUUGCCGUUAUAUAGCUGACCUUGGUUGCUGCUGUGACUAGGGCAGUGGCUGCGUAGUUUAUAACAUAUAGAGAGCUGCGCUUUUCAGAGCGAAUUGUGAAGUGGACCAGAUCGAAGAUUUGGCUUCGUUUCUAGUUUGCUCGUUUGCUGUCCAAAGUCCAACUAAGAUGAACUGACUAGUAUAGCUUAACUGUCUUUUGGUCUGCGUGUGUGUGUUUGUUUUGUUCACUUCUUCCAGGCUUUUGGGGAGCUUCCAUUUUGUAAAGAAAGAAAGGAUGUUUGCUCCUGCACAUCUUUACCUGUGAAGUGAGUUUGCUGGACUUGUAAUCCUGGCUACAUUAUCAUUAUGUUAAUUAUGUCCUGUUCUCUGAUACUA